UAUGCAACAAAUUCGAAGUGUCAAACCAUCAUAACCUCACUUUUGUUUAAAUACCAGUUUGUUUUAUUUGCUUCAUGAAGAAUUGAUCAAGGAUGAGUAAAAAUAUCCGCGAUAUUUCGCCGUUUCUGCAGAGCAUUCGGAAUUUUCUGUUCGGACGCCCCCAUCAUUUAGCAGUGAGGUUUCAGGAUGAUCUGGCUACAAGAUCUCCACCUCUGCCUGAUCUCCCCGACGGCCCUUCGCAUAGUCUGAGUGCCAACUAUUAUUGUAGCAGAGAUGCAAGACGUGAAGUGGCCCCUCCCGAAGUUGUGGCUGGGGAACCAAAGUUGAUUGAGAGUGGUGAAGAAGCCCCAGCUCCGAAACCUGUGAAUACUCGUACUCCGGGAAAGGUGUUUCUUUGGGACUAGACGAGAAGCAAGUGUAGUUUAAUGUUAUGUAAAUUAUUUUGUUUGAAGUUUAAAUAAAAUGAUAAAUAUAAA